AUGGACGACUUCCUGCGAUCCGUCUGGCUCGCCGAGGAGUCGCAAAUGCUCGCCGCCGCGCACGCCGCCGAUGGCGCGGAUCCGCGCGCGCGAGACAAGGCAGCGGGGCUGCUGCGCGCGCGCUCGCUGCGGCGGCAGAAGUCAGCCGCGGCGCUUCCGCGCGCGCUGACUGCGCGGACCGUGGAGGACCUUAUAGGGGGGAUAGAGGCUAUAGGGGGAGAGCCGGGGGAUGGGGAGGAGGCGAGUGGCGGAAUUGGCAGCAGUGCGCGGAGAGAGGGGGAGGGCGGAGCCGGCGGGGGCGAGGGGGAAGGUGGAGGGGGGAAAGAAGGGGGGCAACUCACUGGAACGGACGGGCGGAUGGGGAGCGUGGGGGAAAAUGGCCGCAGUGCUGACGGAGCGAUGGGGGCAAUGGGGUCGUUGGGCGCCCCCCCUGCUGGGCUUGCCAUGGGGAUGGGCGUUGGCGGAGGCAUGGGGAUGGGUGGGGGGAUGGCACCAACUACGUAUGGCGUGGGCGCAGGCAUGGGCGCAGGCAUGGGCGCAGGCAUGGGCGCAGGCAUGGGCGCAGGCAUGGGCGCAGGCAUGGGUGCAGGGGGGCUGGGGGGACUUGCUGGGGCGGGCAUGGUGGCGGCGGAUGGGGUGGGGGGCGGGGGGGAGAGGUGGGGGGGCAGUGAUGGCGGAGGGGGAGGGGGGCAAUCGGAUACAGGCGGGGGGAGUGGGGAUGGAGACACCCUGAGCGGGGGCGUGGGGGGGAGUGCGGGGCGGAGGGGGAGGAAGCGGAGUGGGGAGGGGGGAGGGGCGCCGGUGGAGAGGAGGCAGAAGCGGAUGAUCAAGAAUAGAGAGUCGGCCGCUCGGUCCCGUGCAAGGAAGCAGGCGUAUACAGUGGAGCUGGAGGCGGAGGUGGCGCAGUUGAAAGAAGAAAAUGAACAGCUGCGCUCCCAGCUUCAGCUGCUGCAGUCGCACACGCAUUCACACCCCAGCGUGGUGAGUGCACAUUGCGCAUUGAGUGAACGAAGCACGGCGUGCGCAUCCUUUCUCAGCUCGAGCGAGCGAGUACUCGCUAACAUCACUGUCGCUGUCACUCAGCAGCGCAGCUUGUGUGCAUUGAGUGGACGAAGCACGGCAUAG